AAUCAAACCUUUAUCUUGUGGCCGUUCUGACUCAACAUUGAUACAAACAGAAGAGGAAUAGCAAGACGGCGUCUUGCAUUGAAAUUCCCCUACUUCGGCUGCUUGAGGCCCACGGUUUCCAUCCAUCUUGCGAUUCAAGAUUUGGGAAGGGAUCCACGUCGACUUUGCUAUCUGAACCCUUCGGAGCUAUCAAUCACAAGCCGGCCACCGUCCUUCAUUUACAACGAACUGCUCGGCGUUUUGAAGUUUCGAGCUUGGGGAUAUCUCAGCUCUCGGCCAGCUUCUCGUCACUCCGACCGACCUGGCUGUCCUCUGCUGCCUCCCGUCUUCCCGAACCUGCCACCCCACCACCCGCAUCCCCGACCUGCGCUUCCAGUCUGCUUUUGCACACCUGGCUUCGCCUUCUUGUUCCGGCCCCGUUCGUCAAUUUUACCGCCUGUUACAACAAGUGAAGCAGACAAUCUCCACGUUCCGCAAUCAUGGCGCCUCCCAAUGAGGCCGGCACGCCCGCGAACCCCGGCGGCACGAGGCGAGCACCCUACAACGUCAUGAAGCCCGUUGUCCCUGCUCUGCCGCUCGGCUUCCCUCAGCGUCCGAACUCUACUAUCAAACAGGCCAAAUCUUUGGCUCCUGCAAUCAUUGCUCGGAGCCAGCCGGUUGCUUCCGCCGUUCAAAGAGCAGUCGAUCCGGAUCUUCGUGAUCGACAGCAAGGGCAACCGUCCGCCGAAGCGGCAAAGAAUGAGGAGAAACACAAUGGUGCACCCCUUCUUGCAUCGCAGCCCGCUCAGCAUAACGGUGCCAACGUCAAUGCCCCGCCAACUGAACCCAUGCAUCACCAAGGAAAAACAGAUGUGCCAACUGGCCGCCCCAUUCAAUUUGAACCUGCGCCUCCGUCCAGCAACACUUCUCUACCUCGUUCCUCUCAUCACGCACCGUCUCAGAGCACGGCUUCUUCUUCGAUUUACACUCACGAAGCCCCAACAGCCAUGCCUCAGCCCACCAUCAUCUACCGGCCCCAGGCUGCCUUUCAUCAAGGCCACCCUAGCAACGCCGGUCUGUAUUUUGGAGGACCGAACGAUUCCGGGGCUUCAUCGCCCGCCUCCCACCCAAUGGCCCCCUUUCCUCCUCCCGGAGGUUUACCUUAUGCUCCUGGGACGAUACCCCCGUUCGAUGGCUACGGACGGCCGUUGCUAAUCUCCUCCACCGUUGAUGGCUAUCCCGCGGCUCUCGUCAACCACCACGGACCCCCCACACCCCACAGUGUUCACGGCUCGCAGUCACCUAUCCAUCCCGGAGAUCACAACUUCGGCCAGCUCGGAUCUGCCAACGGUCAGAGUGCCAAUGGCCAGAACGGGCACUCCGCUAAUUGGGUCAACCAAAGCGCGUUACCCCCACAGGGGCUGAGUCCGCCUGUCAACGGUUUGCCCCAACCCAAUGCCUCCGUUAUGGCCUUCCAGCGAGAGCAGAACGCUAUCUUGGACCUUUUGCGUAACGCAGCAAACAACCACCUUUUCAGUGACUGCACGCUUCAAGUGCAAUUCAAGCCUAGCCACCAGUUUCAGGAAAUUCCUGGGCAUGAGAAGUUGUAUGAGCCCUUAGCAAUCCCGGCGCAUCGUUUGGUCUUGGCUCGCAGCCCGACACUGGUCAGGAUCAUGGAGUUGCAGGGCACCGGCCCGGGAGGAGUGGUUUCGUUGGAGCUCGAUAACGAAUAUGUGCGAUCUGACACUCUCCUGUUCGCCAUCCGUUCCCUGUAUGGCUGGACCCUUCGAGGCUACCUUCCCGCGCAGUUCCCUCCACGCGGCGUCGUCGAAGAUUUCAAGCUCGCUCUCAGUUAUAUCACGACUGGCCGCUACCUCCAGCUACCGCAGGUGGUCUCGUUCGCUGUUCACCGUGGUGCAGAGUUGGUUUGCUGGCCCACGAUUGAACUUGCCACCGAAUUUGUUCUGAAAUCCGUCAUCUUUUCUUCCCAGCAGGAGGGUGUCCCGAUUAUGACCGAGCUCAUCGACAGCGUUCUCCACUUCAUUGCUCACAAUAUUCCGCAAGACUUUGUCCUUGACACAAGUGUGAGUGACUUUGGUUUUCCCAGACUACCGGCCGAGACACGUCAGGCUGCCGCUCCGCCUUCUGCCGCGCCACGCGAUCCUCAAUCCUCGUCCAACGAACCUGUGCCGGCUACCCAGGCACCAUCACGACUCUCAAAGGGCUCCAUCAAUCCCAGGUUGUUGCAAAUUCGGUUCGGGGACCUCUCCCUCGGAGCGGAGAAUGGUCAAGGAUCGACCAAGCAGGCCGAGAGCCCGCGUAGCAAUCGUGCGCCGGCGCUCAACGACACCAUCCUCUCACGCAUCCUUCUGAAUCUACCGUUCGACAUGUUCAAGAUCGUUAUGGAGAAUAGCCCCAAUAUGCAUCACAACAUUGUCAACGAGGUUGUCCAGGAACGCGAAGCCAGGCGAACGUCUGCAUUGGCAAAAAAUAUCGAUGUUCUUGGCGCUUUUGCGAGGCCCGCAUUGGUCAACGGCAUGCCGGAUUAUUGGUAUAACAACAUGGGUUUCAAAGAGGAAGUGUUCUCAGGAGACGGCGCUUACCUUGUCCGUACGUGGAUCCACGGCGAGGAAGCAAGCCCUUGA